AUGAAUUUUCAAAAGAGGAAUCUUGAAGAUAUUUUAAAAGAUAAAGAGGAAGACUAUGACCAAAAUGCAAAUAAUAUUAACCCCAUAAAUUCAAUAAACUCUAUUGUUGACGUAGAUUUACAUAUUUCCAAACAGAGAAAAAUAGACUUAAAAAAUAACGUUAACAACCUUACCUUUGUGCUCCCCCCACCAUCAUUCAAAGAUUUACUAAAAAAAUUAGAGCAGUUAACAAAUGAUGGUAGUGGGGAACAACUUAUAUCACAACAUUACCAUACAACAGAAGCACGAGCCAUUUUUAAUGAUUUUUUUCAACUUUGCAUUAGCAAAAAUUUACUUUCAGGAAUGCUAGAAGGUAUAAGAUUGUAUUUGAAGUAUUUAUUGAUAUUAUUAAAGCAUUACAAUGUCUACCAAUCUAUAAUAGAAGACGAGAUACUUUAUUUGUACAACAUUUCAUCAAUGAAUGAUUUAUCAUCAAUAGAACAAAUCUUAUUAGCCGAUUUUAAUCAAUAUAAUAAAAGCUUUUUAGGAUCGAUUAAAAUUUUGGCAUUGCAAUGUAUUUUAAAAAGAGAAACUGCAGAAGCCAAUAUGAAGGAGGAAAGCGAAUUGAUAGUUCAAUUAUUUGCUAACGAUGAUAGAUUUUUCAUCAGACUAAACCUGAAGUUAAAGCCAGGGCCCCUUUUGAAAACUAUAUUUCAUUUAAUUAUUAAGUAUAAAGACAUCAGAGUACCUUUAAGCUUGAAAAUUUUGCAAUACAUCGAACAGUUUCAGUUAAAGUUUGAAGAUUACACAAAAUCAACCACUAAAACGCAAUUUGCACAAAAUAUAAAAUUUACAAAUUAUCCAGACUGGGUGAAACUUUAUAUUCCAGGGUAUUAUCAAAGUUAUUGUAAAUAUUUCCCCAAGGGGCCCAGUUUGUCCUUACACGAAAUUUACUCGAAAAGAAGAUCCCUCAUCCAAACAGCCAAUCCGGAUCUAAGGACCGUACAAGAAGACGAUUGGCAUUAUAAGAUCAAAGAGACAUUGAAUAAACCAUUACAGGAUAAUUUGGAAAUGAUUUACAAAUAUGUAGAGAGAAUUAGUUUCUGUGGGUAUUACGAUAAAUCCACACACUUGAAAGAUUUUGAUAGGAUAGUUUUGAAUAUAAAUACUAAUGCUUCAAAAAUAAAUAAAAACGAUUUUAACAUGGUUUGUAAAAUAAUAAAACGCAUGGAACAAUUUUUUUUAAACCACAAUGAUUUAAAACGAGUCGGAAAUAUAAUUAAUUUAAGUUUUAAUCUUUACAUUAUCCUCACAUUCAACGAUUUUUUAAAAGAAGCUGUUGUUAUGAAUCUGAACGUUUUCAGUUUAGUGAGCAAAAAGGAAAAUUACGAAAUAUGGUCCAAAUUUCACAAAUUUAUUUCGUGUGCAUACACAGGUGGCUUAAAACUAUGGAUAUUUGAAAAAAUAUUCAAUGUGUUUGCGCUUUUUUUUGAUGAAAGUCUAGAUUGUAAUUGCAAAUUUGUCAUUGAGUAUUGUGUCCCAUUAUUUAAAUUAAUAGCAAAUACCACAAAUUAUAGCUAUGUUGAGUUUAGAAAAGCAUCUGAAUUAAUGCUAUGUUUGCUAUAUUCUCAAAUUGGAAAAGUUCAUAAUGUGCCCUUUGCCAAUUGGUCGUUAUUGACCCAAAUGUUGUAUCAAUCCCUGGAUUCAAAAACGGAAAUUUCAUAUUUGCAGAUAGAUGUGCCCAUCGAUAAAUAUGAUACCUUAUAUAGAGAGGAAGUUUUGAUUAAAUGCAUAUACCUCAUAUAUUUAGAGAUGAAAAAACGAAGCUGUUUAAAUUUAAAGAAAAUUUAUAAUAUUUACACUAAGAAAUGGCUAUCAACCAAAGUAAAUGAGAACAGAUGUGUGAAUAUUAUUGAAAAUAAAUUUUUGAAAACAUUAUUAAUAUAUCUAGAAUUUAACAAAUUUAACCAUACAAUCAAGAAAUUCUGUGAAGUUUAUAAAAAAUAUUACCCAUCUAAUAUACAAUUAUUAUUAACGGAGUACCUACUAAGGAGUUGUAACCAAUUAAACUCCAUAACCUUUGAUGUAACUUUAACCAAACCAGCCAUUCAUUUUAACUUUACCGAGAAAAUGUCAUAUUACAAUACACUACUUUCCAAAUACGUCUAUGAUGAGGACUUGUCCCAAUUUUUGCUUGCUUUUUCCAGCAAACUGCCUGUGGAAACCCCUGAACUUUUUGAUAUAUCCAAUAAGAACAGAUUAUGCGCAGGCGAUUAUAUUCAAGUAAUCAUGUUCAAUAUACAUUUGUAUUUAGCAAAUAGCUACCUGCAGUCAAAAAAAAAUAAUUAUAUCUUGGCCUUGACAAACUCCAAGAAGGUUUUGGUUUUAUGCAAUUCAUUAGUUAAAAAAAUGAGCAAAUUGAAUCAAGAGCUAAGGUUACAACUAACUACUGCAUUAUUAUAUGCAUUUCGAACAGCUAUAACUGUGUCUGUCCAUUUAGGGUUAGUAAAAGAAUGCGAGUUUUAUGUUAAGCAGUUUUAUGAAAUGAUGUGGGUUAUGUCUGAUCCAAUUGUUACAUUUGAGCUAUGUCAUUAUAGUAUACUUUUUUACAAAUUGCUUGGUGAGCAGGCCAAGCACGACUUUUUCUUAUCUCAUUUGCUUAAAAUAUCUACCAGUAUUGAUAUGGAGGAGAACGUAGAUGCAAAAUGUAAAUUUUUGUAUGAUACUAAUAUGCUCGGUGAUUUGCAACAAUAUUGUCUUGAAACAGAUCCAAUAAAACCAUGUGGCAUCUUUAAAGACUGGCUAUUAGAUUUAGGAAGCACACGUGUUAAUAAAUUUUUCCAACAUGAUGCACGGUAUAUAUUUAAUGAUUUAGUGAAAGAUAUUACUGACUUCAUUGAGUUGGCAAGGGAGAAGUUACCUUAUUUAAAAAGAAUAGAGGGUGCUGUUUGGUUUGGUCAAAUCGAAAAGUAUCAAACGACAAGGAGUUUCAAUGUGAACAGCCAUGCUAACCAGGAUGAUGAGGGGAAAAUAUUGAAAAAAAUUCUUGAUAUACAAGCUAAAAUAUCUUCAACGCAUAAUUUUGAUAAAAUGAGUUUUGUAUUACAAAAAAAAACUGUGGAUUAUGUGAAUUGGAUUAUUUCUUUUAUAGAGAGAUGGUAUAAACCACUUAAUUUUACAAGUAUAAUUACUUUAGAAGGACUAAAAAACAAGACAAUGAGACAUGAAAAGGAGCUUGUACUUAAUGAUAGCGACCUAGAUUUUGAUCCAAAAAAUAUGAACAAGUAUGCGAGAUUGUCGGAAAAUUUUCCAAAUGAUUUUUGUGGCGUCAAUGUUUUCCCAAGCGAAUAUAAUGUAAUCACCCUAGAUGUAUGUGGAUUUACAGGUGAUCUAGUCAUGGAACAAUUUAAACACGGUGUCAAACGGAAUAUAAGAUUGCCAACAUCCAGAUUGAGCCAGUUCUCUUCUUCACCAACCUUUACCUUCAAUAAUGCUUUAAAGGAGUUAAAAAACAUUAUUGAUCUGAGUAACGAAACAACUUCAAGCGGUGUAACGAGUAAUGUAGUUACUAAAGAAGACAGACGCGCUUGGUGGAAAAAAAGGUUUUCUCUCGAUACGAAACUACACAAUUUGUUGAAGGAAAUAGAAAUACAAUGUUUUGGUGGGUUUGUUGGGAUAUUUAACAAUAAUGUGAAAGAUAGAGAGUCCAAAGAGUUUGCUCAAUACAGAAAGAAGUUUCAUACAUUGUUAAGGAAGGCAACCCCGGGUUAUGAAAAACGAUAUGUUCCCGAUGAUAUUUUGGAAUUAUUCUUACUACUAGACCUUAACGUUGAGCACAUCGAUUUGUUACUCCAGGAUUUAAUUCAGUUUAUUCAUAAUAGGGCCUUUCAUAAAAGGGAGAAAAAAUAUAAUAAAAUGAGCCCAGAGGACUUUUUAAACAAUGUUAAACAGAUUGUCAGUCAAUUUUCCGGACAGGUACCCUCAUUGCUAACAAGCCCUAAACAUAUCAUUUUAGUAGUCAAAGAUUUAUGCCAUGCGGUUCCAUGGGAAUCUUGUAAUUUUUUAAGGGAUAAAUCGGUUAGUCGAAUAUCUUCUCUAUGCAUGUUAAAACAUUUGCUCGAUAAAUUUGGCGUGGAUCCCGUUUUAGACACAAAUUUAGAUUCGCUUUCGGUUGUUCUUAAUCCCAAUGGGGAUUUGCCGAGGACUGAAAAUAAUUUUAAGGAUUAUUUUUCUGAUGUCAACUAUAUUAUGGUUAGUGUCAAACCAUCUCCAUCUGAUUUCCAAAAAUUGCUGAUGUUUUCAUCUUUGUUUAUAUAUAUCGGACACAGUGGUGGAGAGCAAUAUAUUAAGUUAAAGGAUAUAAAAAAGCUGGAUAUAAUAUCUUCUUCCUUUUUGUUGGGUUGUUCCUCUGCAUAUAUGGUUCCAUAUAAAGAAUUUAGUAACACUGGUACUGUCAUGGCAUAUAUACUAGGAGGCUCUCCAAUGAUCGUGGGAAAUUUAUGGGACGUGACAGAUAAAGAUAUAGAUAGGUAUAGUCUAGAAAUGUUUUCCAAAAUUGGACUUUUGCAAGAAAAUCUUGGAGGCAAAUUGACUGUCGCUCAAGCUAUAGCAGACUCAAGAGCAGUAUGCAAGCUAAGAUAUUUAAAUGGUGCUGCGCCUAUAAUUUAUGGACUACCGUUUAAAGUGAAUUUUAGAAAAAAUUGA